UCCCAACUUUAGAAUUUAUUAUUUGCUACUUACUUAUUAAAGUAUUUUUUCUUAUUUUCAAAAUUUUGGUUUUCGGCGCAAAGUCAGUUCUCUAAUUUAUAAUAUUAAAUAAAUAUUUAUACAUUGAAAACAUGAGUAAUUCACAAAUUCAAAAACUAUGUGGUUUAUGCAACAAAAAUCCAAGCAAAUAUUGCUGCCCAAAGUGUGAAGAAUUAUACUGUUCUUUAGAAUGUUAUAAGUCUGAAAAGCAUAUAGAAUGCUCAGAGAAUUUUUACAAAGACUGUGUCAAUUUAGAGCUCUCUUCACUUAGUGCUGAUGAUGAUUCUAAAAAGAAAAUGCUUGACAUUCUUAAAAGAAUGCAGGAGCAAAACUCUAAUAGUCAAGAGGAAACUGAUGAAAGUGAAGGCAUAGACUCUGAUGAUGAAGAGCAUAUUAAUUUAGAAAAAAGAAUACAGGAUUUAAAUUUGGAUAAUCCAGAUUGUUUAUGGGAUGCAUUGACAGAAGAUGAGAGAAAUGAGUUUGAGGCUUUGGUUAGUGAUGGCAAUGUUGGUUCUAUAGUUCCAUAUUGGGAGCCUUGGUGGACCUACAGAAGAGAUAAGAAGUUAGUUCAAGAAAUAAACACAGAAUGCAGGGAACAAGGAAUUUUAAAAAGUUGUCCUAAAAUCAAAUCAGUUAAGAAACUGAGUGAAUUAACUAGUGUGAAGCCAUCUCCAUCAAUAACAUUCAAUGUCGCUAAUGUGCUGGCAUCAUAUGCCUUCAUCAUGAGGUAUUUCAAUGGAGAUGUAGAGCCAGUAGAAGGUGUUUCCUGUAUUUUAAGCAUAUGUGAUAAUUUAGAUAAGAAUAUAAAUUUUAAUGAUCCAGAAUCAGCUGUGGAGGCUGUUGCACAAAAAUGUUUACAGAGUACAUUUAUAGUAACAGAUAAGGACAGCCUUGAAAUCAUGAGACAUGACACAAUACUGCUGUUUGAAGGGCCAAGUGAAGAUAAUAAAUUUUUAUAUACAAAAGCAGCUUUAUCAGACAUUAUUCAGGUAAUGUCUGACGCAAAAUCACAACUGAAUUGUAACAAAGUUUCAAAUUGUCAUGUGACCAAAGGAGCAUUUUCAAAGAAGUUUCCAGAACACUCAAAUGACCACUUGCCUCCCUUAGAUAUAAGCAAACUUAAAAAGUGUAUGAAGAAAUUAGAAUUUUAUUUGUCAUAUUUGAAUACUUGCAAUUAGAAUAAUAUAUAUUGUGGAA